AUGUCGGGAGCGGUGCAAGACUUCUACCAACACGCAAGCAAAGUGUCAACUUCUAGUGGAGCUACCAUCAAUUUUCACGCGAGAGGUUUGAGCGGCGUUUCGCGGGGUGAUGCCAUUCUUGUGCUCCUGCAUGGCUAUCCUCAAUCGAGCUACAUGUCUUUGAUACCACUGCUGCCUCCCCACCUGCCCCUUUUCGUUCCAGAUCUUCCCGGCUAUGGCGACAGCACAGCCAAUGGCUUGCGACAUGAUAAAAGAACCGUUGGCACGACGGUCCUGGAAGCCCUUGAAAGGAGCCUCCCGAGCCAAGGGAAUGAACGCCAAAGGAUAAUCAUUGCAGGACACGAUCGAGGCGCACGGGUCUGCCAUCGUCUCGCCGUCGAUGCUCGAGAUAACCCUUCUUUUGAGAUAGUCUCUGUCAUCAUCCUCGACAUUGUCCCCACGGCAGCCCAGUGGGACACGUUCGGCAACCCCAAAAGUGCGGCCUCCAAAUUCCACUGGUCGCUUCUCGCAAAUGUGGAGGUCGCGACCAAGCUCAUCACAAGCCAUGGCGGAGGCAAUUGGUGCUCGGAGCUGAUCCAUCGUUGGGCGGGCCACAACGAGCGCAGGAGGGCUAGGCUGUUGGAUCCAGAAGCACUGGCUGUCUACUACCGUCAUUUUGACAAAGAAUCCGUUGUCAGAGCUUCCUGCGAAGAUUACCGUGCUGGUGCCUUCGAAGAUGAUGACCUUCAGAGAGAAGAUCAAAAGAUCGGCAACAAGGUCACAAUUCCGACCCUAGUGGUUUAUUCGGAGGCUUAUCUCGGAGCUUCGAACAACGUGGAAUCUAUGUGGAGAGACUGGUGUGCAGAAGGGACUAAGCUAGAGACCAGGGCCAUCGGAGACGGUACGGGGCAUUUUCUCCCCGAGGAAGCUCCAGAAGAGACAGCCGAGAUCAUCAACACCUGGCUUAAUCAAUGGAUAAAGUGA